AACUGAGCUUAAUUAUUGAUCACGCUCCCGCCCCUACCCUCCACCUACCUACCACCUCUCUCCCCGAAGAACAACGGCCGCAUAUUCAGUCCUGACAACGAAAUCGGAAAAUAGACCGGGUUCAGAGAAAAGAGACGCCAGCUCCGAAGAUACAAGCGCACCAUCAUUCACUGAGACUGGUUUACGCUGCCCAGCAUGUUUCGAGCAGCAGCUCCCGGCCCGUACGACGAGGCCAUCGCCAAGGCGACAAAUGAGAACCUCACGUCGGAAGACUGGGGCGCCAUCAUCGAAGUAUGCGACAAGGUCUCCUCGGACCCCAAUGGCCCCUCGCAAGUAGUUCAGGCCACCAUCAAGCGCCUCGCCCACCGCAACGCGAACGUACAGCUCUAUACCCUCGAGGUAGCCAACGCCUUGUCACAGAACUGCGGGAAGCCCAUGCACCGCGAGCUCGCCUCCCGCGCCUUCACAGAUGCCCUGCUCAAGCUCGCCAACGACCGCAACACCCACCAGCAGGUCAAGGCCAAGAUCCUCGAGAGGAUGAAGGACUGGAGCGACAUGUUCAGCAAGGAUGCUGAUCUCGGCAUCAUGUACGAUGCUUACUUCCGCCUCAAGCAGAAUAAUCCCACUCUUCAAGCCCCGAGCGCACCCCAGAAGAACAGGCUGACCGACGUCGACCGCCAAAAGGAGGAAGACGAGCUGCAGAUGGCCCUGCAACUGAGCUUGCAGGAAGAGGAACGCAAGAAGAAGACACCUGAGACUACUUCGGCUGCUGCAGGACCUAGCAGUGCCGGUGCUUCAGGAACUGGAAGGCAGGCUGAGUCGCAGCCCAUCAACCAACACCCCACGGGGACAACAGCCGCCACCGUUUCACGCGUCCGCGCCCUUUACGACUUCGUCCCAAGCGAACCUGGCGAGCUCGAGUUCAAGAAAGGCGAUGUCAUUGCCGUGCUGGAAUCUGUUUUCAAGGACUGGUGGCGCGGCAGCCUGAAGGGCAACACGGGCAUCUUCCCCUUGAACUACGUCGAGAAGCUCACAGAUCCUACCCCGGAUGAGCUGCAGCGCGAAGCUCAGAUGGAGGCCGAGGUGUUUGCAGAGAUCAAGAACGUUGAGAAGUUGCUCACGCUACUAAGCACCAGUAACACCGCGCCCAGGGAGGAGGACAACGAGGAGAUCUCCAAGCUUUAUCACCAAACUUUGGCUAUCCGACCCAAGCUGAUCAAGCUCAUCGAGAAGUACUCGCAAAAGAAGGACGACUUUACUCAGCUGAACGAGAAGUUCAUCAAGGCAAGGAGGGACUACGAAGCCUUGCUCGAGCAGUCCAUGUCGCACCCACCAGGCCCAAGCUAUCCUCAAUAUGCCCAUCGGCCAGCUGUGCCCGGGCAAGGAGGAUAUCCAAGUAUUCCCCAAGGAUACGCUCCACCAGGACCGCCUCAGCAUCUGCAGCAGCAGGACCCUCAACGGUAUUACACACCCGGCCCUCAAGGACCGUCUCCCCAGCAAGAACAGCCUCCUUACCAGGCUACGUCACCUUCUCCUAACUUCCAACGACCUCCACAAGGCACACCUGCAGCUCCUUUCUAUCUGCAAGGCGCUGAGGUACCCCCUCAUGCCGCAGCUCCUCCGGCCCAGCAACACUAUCACCAGGGCGGUCCUCCACCUGCUCAACAACAGUAUCCUCAAGGCGGUCCUAACCCUGUACAACCGCAGUACCCUCAGAGUGGCCCGACGCCAGUUCAGCAGCAAUAUCCUCCUCGAGACCAGCGAUCUCCAUUAUCCUCAGUGGCUGCCGGAAAGCAGCCCGCUCCGCUUACUACAUCCUCGCCGCCACCACAGCAAUCAUAUCAAGCAUACUCGCAUCAGCCACAGCAGUCGGGCCCGCGGCCGCAGAGCACGUAUGGCAACCCGCAAGAGCUUGCCACGUCAGCCUACGACUCGCCUGUCCAGUCUCACCAGCCGGGUCAUGACCCCUAUUCAGCAUCGGUGUACUCAACAGAAGAUCCAUAUGCAAGCAGCCCGACGGCUCCUUCAGCGCCUGCUCCAUCCGCACCCUCCGCACCUCCCCAAGGUGUGCCAACACCUCUAGCUUUCCCAUCAGCCCCAUCGGCUCCGUUGGCUCCGUCAGCUCCUCCGCCACCCUCGCAACCACAAUAUACCGCUUACAGCCCUCUUCAACACCAACAACAUCCAUCAUAUGACGCACCUUCUGCACCCACAAAUGCACCCCCACCAGUGCCAACGGCAUCUGCACCUCCCCUCCCAUCCCCAGAUGAUGGCAGCAAUGAUGUCUUGUCACCCCCACCGCUGCACCUAAGCGGUGCGGCUUACGAUUCCCGGAAUCAUCUACCGAGCCAGGCUGGACACCAGGGAGGCCAGUCCCAGUAUAAAGCGUAUGCCCCACCAUCAACAGCGGGUGGAAACAGCGAGCCUAGUGCACCGCAAGACUUUUACCGGCAGAGUGCUUACUAGUAUCAUAUUGCUCGGGAAGAAGCACGGCCAAGCGUGGGAACAGGUCGAUGACGCAAGCAAUGCAUGGAGAAUAGACAUAUGGGCAUUUUGUUAUUUGUCAUCCUAGCGUCAGUUUUGAUCGGCUGUAGUUUCAUUUCUGGAAUUUUGUCUACUUAGGUAGAGCACCCAUUUUCACCCAGACAGGCAUGCGGACACAGCCGGUCUCUUCGUAGAUCAUACUAUCUGUACCAUGUG